GCCGCAGGCUUGGUAAUGGCGCUGACGGCGAGCAGGCUGAUGGACACGGGUCAGCCCGCGCUACUCUACCUCGUCCCAGCCAUACUGCUGCCCGUAAUACUACUCGCCUGGUGCCGCGGGGACCUGAAAAAUUUUUGGAACGGUGAUUUCGUUCCCAAGGAAGGCCUAAUGAGCGCUCGCAUGGACGUGUGCGUUUCGUCGAGCGAGCAGUUCCAGAUGAUCCAGGGCCGCGGUCUGCUCUACGUCAGCACACCUGUGUUCCCCUGGCUGGCGCUGCCGAUGCCGGUAUCCCAGAAGGCUUACAACGCCAAGUGCAUUUGAGCGAACAGCCGCUGCGGCCCGUUCUUCGCUUGUGUCGCCUUCUUCCUCUUUUUUUCUUUUUUUCUUUCUUAUUUUUGUCAUCUAGAAAGACUGCAGAGUAUCUCGGAAGCAAACUGGGUCAUUGGACGAAGGCCAAACGCUUCAUGGCUUGGCUCGGCUACACAUUGUACGGACAUCUUCCGAUGCUGCAGAUCUCGUUUUGAGGUGAUGCAGAACGGCAACAACGGCUACGCCUCAUGAGUGCAUGAAAAAAAAAAGAGAAAAGAUAACGCGAACCUGAAAUUUUUAACGUCGUUCACGCGGCCGAUUGUUGUUUUUACUGAAUGAACCACGAACAGGAAACGCAAAGCCUAAUGUGUCUUUCGACGCUUUUUGUCGGUGCAUGUGACGCAGCUGGUAUCGCGACCA